GGUGGAUGCCGGCGAGAGUGAUCUGGAGGCACGCAGGUCACCUGAGAUGGAUGAAGCUCUCCUUCACCUGCUCCCUGUAUUUACUGGAGACAGGAAAUAACAGGAGCUAAGAUUUCUUGCUAAGCAUCAGGCUACUGAUUUAUGCCCAUUCCUUCCCUGCUACGUGGUUCUGUGGCUUUCCUUGCUUUUUUUUCUGUGGCUGGCCCGGGAAGGUAGUGUCAGAAAGAGAGGGAAGUCUUCCUAUUUCUCAGUUGCUGGCUGGGACAAGGUUACUCUAGGGAAAUGAAUUAAAAGUUGAGUUCCUCUAUCCCUUCCUCUGUCCCUUACCCUAUCUACACUCCCCUCUCCGUAUCCCAGGCCCCUUUCUUUCCUUUCCCUCCUCCUACUCCUUCCCCCUCCUGGUCUGGUGAGUUUUUCCCCUUCUCUUUGCCUCUCGGGUAGCCGCCAGCGGUGUCCGAGCUGGGAAUGAGCCAUUGGCUGCCGAUUGCACAGAUCAGUGCAGAGAGCGGACAUAUACACACACACACGCACAUGCACACACACACACACACACAGGCUUACACACUACUCAGAGUGGCUGAGUCUGGGCUCUGCAAAUGCCUCUCGGAAGAGGAGCUUCAGGGGGAAGGAUCGGAGAGCAGUGCCCACGCUGCCGGGCUUCUCCUCCUGUCCCCCGCCCCCUACCAGCUGAUUUCCCCACCCCUGCCCGCCUCCCCGAGAGCCUGGCUAGCCUGGGAUGGUAAGAGGAAUCACGGACGCCCCCCGCUCUGAAGUCCGGCCGGUGCCCGCGUCCCGGUGCUGGUCUCUCCCGGCAGCAGCGCCCCAGAGCGCUCUCCUUCCAUGAACCUGCCUACCCGGCUUCUCUGGCAGCAGUACUCGGAGGCAGACGGCAAACUAGCGCUGACUCAGGCACUCUCUUAGCCCAGCUGCGGAUUACCAAGGCGGCCCCUUCUCCUUUGCCCUGGUCCAGCGGUCGGUCCUAGAUCCUAGUCGGCGCCGUCCGCCUCGCUGCCCUUGCCCCGGAGGCAGGCGUCGCCAGGACCGCCCCAAGUGCCGCGGAGAGGGCAGCACCCCAGGAGGAGGAGGAUGGCCCGGCUCCGCUGCUUCAUCUACUUGUGGUUCAGCUGGAGCUACGCGAGCGCUGGGGCCCCCCAGGAGGAAGGGAGAGAGCCUCGGGACCAGGUGGCCCAGCACAUGCUACGUCUCUAUGACAAGUACCGCGGAGGUGACAGUCCAGCGGUCGGAGAGCCCCGAGAGCCCAGGCACCCUCCACACGUACCCCUCCCGGAGGGCAAUACGGUCCGCAGCUUCCGAGCUCGAGGAGCAGGGACCCUGGGAAACAAAGAGCUAUAUAUUUUUAACCUGACUUCUCUAACCAAGUCUGAAAGUAUUUUGUCUGCAACCUUGCAUUUCUCCAUUGGAGAACUCAAAAACAUUAGUUUGAGCUGCAUAUCUCCCAGAGGUUGUUCUCAUCAUGGAUACAGGAAACAAAUACAGAUUGCCCUGUCUGCCUGGAGCCUUACACCAGAUGGGAACCAAACUCAGUUCUUGGGCCAUAUUUUAGUAAAUGUAGCUAAACAACAUAGAGACCUGUUAGCCUGGCAAGCCAAAGACAUCACUCAAAUCCUGACCAAAGCAAAAGCAAAUGGUGAGUUUUUCAUAGGAAUCAAGAUCACUUUUGAAGGACACUCCCUUUCAAAGAGGAUGCUGACCAAUUCUGAACCUUAUAUCUUAGUAUAUGCCAAUGAUUCGUCUAUUUCUGAAUCAGAAAGUGUGGUAUCAAGUCUCCAGGGACAUUGGAAUUUUCCCACUGGAGCCCUGGACAAGCUGAACAGCCACAUGAGGACUGCUCUAUCUAGGAAGCAGAGGAAGAAGCGCUCCAUCAACAGACCCCUGCUGCCCCUGCAGAACAAUGAGCUUCCAGGCACAGAAUAUCAGUAUAAGGAGGAUGGAGCUUGGGAGAAGAGGAAGCCUUAUAAGACUCUCCAGAUACAACCAGCUGAGAAGGGUAAAAGUAAAAAGAAGCAGAGAAAGGGCUCACACCAGAAAAGUGAGACACUGCAAUUUGAUGAGCAGACCUUAAAGAAGGCACGGAGGAAACAAUGGAUUGAACCCCGUAACUGCGCUAGGCGGUACCUCAAAGUGGAUUUUGCAGAUAUUGGUUGGAGUGAAUGGAUUAUCUCUCCAAAGUCCUUUGAUGCAUAUUAUUGUUCAGGAGCAUGCCAGUUCCCCAUGCCAAAGUCUCUGAAGCCAUCCAAUCAUGCCACUAUCCAGAGCAUAGUGAGAGCUGUGGGUGUCAUCCCAGGGAUCCCUGAGCCCUGCUGUGUGCCAGAAAAAAUGUCUUCUCUCAGUAUCUUAUUCUUUGAUGAGAAUAAGAAUGUGGUGCUAAAAGUAUAUCCUAAUAUGACAGUGGAGUCUUGUGCUUGUAGAUAACCUCUUGCAAGAGAUUUUUCUGAGUGCUUAACUCAAGUAAUUAUUUUUAAAUGGACUUUUGUUUGCACUGUCAAUGCAUUUCAUUCCGAAAGAUUUUUAUAAAGAAAAUAGAGAGACAAAGUAAUGAGAAAGGGGGGUGGAAAGAGAGGGAGAAAAGAAACUAGUGAAUUGGAAUUUAGAUUGCUUCUGAAUGUGACUAAAAAUAAAGAGUUUUCCUAUUGUGAAUCUUUAUCUCUAUUGUGAAUUGAAAAACAAAAAUUCUGAUUUUAAGUAUUACUAGAACAUUGACUGUUAGGAGGAGGUCUCCUUAUUUUUAUAAAGGUAAUUUGAAAGCAAUUCACAAAAUGUCAGUUUGCCAUUCAUUUAUUUAUACUCCUCUGGUGGCCAAAGGCUAUGAAGAGCAGUUUUGUAUGUUGAACUAGGCUUCCUGCCUACCAGAAAUUUAGAGAAAAUUCUGCAAGUGCUUAAUAUUCCAACUGAGUUUGACUUACUCUUAAAGCCUUUCAGAAUGCAGUUUAAACAAAGGCCACUCUCUAAGUAAGUGGGGAGAAUGUGUGUUUGCUUCUGCAUACAUGUAUUCAUAGAUGAGCUUAUGUUCCAGAGCCCAUAUAGGAAUGCUCACUGACCAUGUUCCUCCAGUUCAGUUCACAUAGUUAUUUUCUUUCAUAUGUGGCAACUAUUAUCCUGUCACUGGUAAAGUUUUUGCAAAAAGUAAAGGAUAGAUUACUAUUUUGUAGCAAGUCAGUGACCAAAUUAUCUAAUUAUGUGAACAUAUAAUUGAGAACAUUUCGUUGCACUCAUAAAAAGAAACCAACUUCUCAGUUUUAAAAUCCCAAAUCUAAUCCCUAUUCCUUUUUCUGGUUUUUUAAAGCUCAUUUCUUCUUCUAAAUCGAACCCACAAUUUCCUUUUGAAUCCAUAAUCUUUCAGUUAUCAGUGAGAUCACUUUGGCUCCUAGAACAGUCAGAAAAGUCAACAUUAUUUAAAGAGAAAAGAAAGCUAGAAUCUUGAAGAGGUCUCUGAAUGACAAUUUUAAAGUUUAGCCACAUAUUCAAGAUCAUUCUUAGGCUACUUCCUGAGACCGUAAAUGGAAGGUUUUGUAGGCUUAUCAUUUUACUGCAAACCUCAUCUAGAGAAAUCCCAUAAUUCAGAACAAUAGCUUUUUAAACUACAAUUUGUCAUACAUUCCUCAAAGGGUAUAUUGGGCUAGAAUUAUUUCUACCUACUAAAUAUUUUCAGUAAAGAGUAUGAUGCUUUUUAAGGGGGCAGGAUAAAAGCCACUUUCCCUAGUUACUCCAAAGAGGAGGGUAACAUUCAGUCUAUUCUGGACCAACACACAAAAGAUAAUCACAGAUAUUGAGCAAACAUAUUUAUCUAAGAUAACUGUAAAACAGAAAUUGUAAGGAUUAUAUGAGUUGGUAUAGCAUAACAAGAGUAAAAGUAAAUUUUCAACUCAAGCAACAUAAAAUCUCAAAUAAACCAAGGAAAGAUAGAAAGAUACAUUUAACAAUCUCUAGGGGUGGGAGUGGGGGUAGGGAGAAGAGAUUAAUGGAUAUAUGAGAGAGGGAGCUUUUCCCACAUGCCUAUGGUUCCAGGGACCUCACUGAGCCAUUCAAAAGUUCCUACCUUAUCUCUUGGCUCAGUUCUUUCCAAAUUUCUCAUACAUCAUUGGUUUAGCAGUCUCAACUAAUCAGGAGUCGCAUCCCCUGUCAUGGGGACUCCUUUUAGGGAACAGUCAACUAACUUACCUGGGGCGGAAGAGACUAAGUUUGUAUCCCCAGCAUCUAGCAUAAUACCUACCCUAUUCUAGAUGUUGAAUAAAUGUUUGCUUCCUCUCUUCAUUGGCUUAAGAUUUAGCUGUCAAUUGACUAAAAAAAAAUGCUGCAUAAAUGGUAUAAACUUCAGCACCUAUAAAUUAUUUAUUCAGUAACUCUCCCCUGAGAAUAGGCUUGAUUGGACUAAGGAAACAAGCUUUUAUGUCACUAGGGAUUGGCAUUUACUUUUUAACCAGUAAAUGAGUAGGUAGAGAAUUUCCCACAAGAAGUACAUCUAGUAGACCACAUGACUAUAUUCCAAUAUUACAACUCUUGCCAUCUCUACCAUCCUACGUUCUUGCCCCUAGCAUACUUUCUAGCUCUUGCUCUUAGAAGAGUAAUAAAUCUGUGCUACCAUUGCUCUUGUAAAGGGCAACAUAAUGACCUUCCCUAUGGCACCGAGUCCCAGGAAAAUGUUUCCUUUAGUGACCACAUUCCCUUAUAUUGUCUUCCUCAAUUAAAAUAUAAGCUCCUAGAGGGCAAAGACUAUCUCAUUUCUGUCUGUGUAUUUCUGGUGUCUGUGGCACUGGCCUGACACACAGUAUGUGUUUGUUUGAUAUGUUGCAUUUGGCUAAUUAGAGAAAAUAUACAAAUGGGAAGCAGUAAGACAUAAUGAGGAAAACACUGGACUGAAAGAACCUGGGGUCUAGCACCCUCUCAGCCUUUUAAUGAUUCAAGUUUAUCCAUUCAUUCACAUACAUUCAGUAAAUGAAGUGAACAUUUGCUAUGUUCUAGACACUGACUUGCCUCUGUUAAAAUGUUAAAUUGGCAAAUUGUUUCACCUCUUUUCUCAUCUUUUAAAUGAAGGAGGGGAUAAACCUCAUAAUCUUGGGGUUCCUUCUAGCUCAUUCUACAAUUCUAGUUAUUUCAUAUGUAUUUCAUGAAUUGGGUGAGCUCCAAAUACCCAUAUUUGUAAACUAUUUGAAGAUCUCCCCUUUGCUUUGGAAUGUGAUCAAAGUAUGGUGUGUUGCCCUUGUUCAGAUUGCAUUACACAUUGCUAGAAACUCCGCAUAGUAGGUUACUAUCACAAAUUUUCUUAGAGUAUGUGAAGUCUGGUAUGUUUAUGUGCUGUCCCUUUAGAAAUGGCAUAAGAAUUUGAAGACAAUUCUAGGUAAGGAAGUACAUGGGAGUGUCUAUUUGUGAAGAAAUAGAGUUCAUUUUUUCUGACAAACAUAAUGUUUCAAGAGAUGAAGAAAGGGAGAGCCAAUGUUAAGGAAGCAUUAUUAUAAAUUUCAAGGAAAAAGCAACAGUGUAUGCUAGAAAUGAGUGACUGGCCACUCUAUCAAACUGAAUCCAAGAAAACAAUAGUAGAGGCAACUGACAUUAAGUAGAUUUAAUUUCAGAUUCAGUUGCUAUAGAAAGGGGUCAGUAUAAGACCCUGAUUUUCUAUCCUGAGAUGAUAAAUGCAGCACAAAUAUUGGAAUCGUUUCAAGUAUGAAGUCUUGUUUGGGUACCUGAUUAUCUCUAAACUUUUAUAGAACUGGAUACAUAAAGGAAUUGUUUUAUGGUUAGAAAAAAUGACUUGCACUUUCUCUUCUUAUGGCAAGUCAGAUUCAGUUACCAAAUAGCCCCUAAAAUCCAAACAAAUUGCCAACUAUGUAAAACUAUCUAUCCCAGAAGAUAGACCAUUUAUUUUAAUCAGCAUUUAAUAUGAUCAAUUUCCCAUUGAGUGAAAGAAUUUCAACAGUCAUUUGAAAUUUGCUGUAUUAGGAUUUAUUUGGUCAGUGGUAGGUUGUAAAUGUCCUCAUGGUUUUUCUUUUUAACUCUAAAAGAUAAAAAAUAUAUGAUACUGUGAAAGAGCCUUUUGGGAAGGUUGCAAUUCUUACCAGAGAGGGACAGGCAGAAGGAAAGAGAUGUAUUCUUAAGAAACAAUGGAUUGUUUUUAUGCCAAUCCAGUCAAUGUCCAUUUUAAAAUGUCAGAUGUUUAAACGCUUAAAGCCCAGGGCAAUUGUGAUCCAGUCUUUCUGGGUAACCCACACUGCUGAAAUCAUAGCUCUUCCCUUUGGAGUGCUGAAGAACUGGCAUAGGAAGUCUGGUCAAGAGUCUGCUGAAAGAGCCACAUCUGGAAGUGUUUCUUCCUAAAAGGCUUGGUGUGAGGAAAGGGUUUUGAAACCCUUCAAGUCUGAUCAUUAGUUGUGAUUAUUAAUGAAGUUAGCUCCAUAUCAACCAUGUCUCUCUUGUAGCUUCCUAAAGACUUAUGUCUAUCUCAAAGGAAUGAUAAGUUCAAAGGGAUUUAGUCCAAUCCCUUCAUAUAACAGAUGAGAAAGCUAAAUCACUUUUCCAGGAUUACUCAAGUGGUCAGUGGAAAAGUUAGGAUUUGAACUCAGGUCCUAUGACUAACUCCAAGUUCAGCACUCUUUCCAAUGCACACUUUUCAGUGCUUCCUUCAAGAGAUAAUUGCCAAAGAACCAGGGCAUCACUUACUGCAGCAACUUCUUUCAUUACCAUCCUAAAUCUGGAUCUAAUCUUGUUAAGUAAAAAUGACUACCUAAGUCACUAUCACUCUUACAACCUGCUUUGCUAAAACUUGUACCAGAAGCAUGGAGGUCAUAAGAUCAAGAUUUUAGAAACUGAAUUGAGAUUUUAGAUUUUGAUAUGAUAAUCUAAGAAAUUUAUUUCUACUUUACUAGAUAUAAGUGAUAGACAUUUAUUCAUAAGCUUUGUUGUUUCUUUUUUACUAUUUCUCUGAAUAAAGGUGCCCAUUGUUGAUUAUGUAUUAAUCUCAUGGGCAAUUGCCAUAUGAAGACCUAUGUAUCAAUAUAACAUUGUGAAUAGUCAUGUUAUUCAUUUAUGUAGUCUUUGUACUUUCAUUGGUUGCUUUUAUCAUAUUCUGGUCGUUCUUUACUGAGUGACUUAGUGUCUCCUCUAACAAAGAGUAACUAAUGUCUGUACAUUAGUUUCUUCCUGAGCCACGGCUUGAUUAGAGAAUAUCCUAAGCUAGGAAAAUGUCUUAAUUUGUAUCUACUAUUGAUUUAUGAGAAAGCAUGGAAUAAUCAUACUUCUAUGUAUUUUCUGGGUAUUUUAUUAUAUUAUAGUUGAUAGAUAAUUAAACUAUAUCAACUUUUGUAAACCAAAACAAUAACAACAAAAACACAAAAGUUCUUGUAAAUGUUUUAACUGAGAAUUUUGUGCUUGUACAGUUUGCUGCAAUUAUAUAUACAUAUAUAUAUAUUUGUAAAUGGAGAGAAACUUUAAAGAGGCUUUUAAUUUAUUUAAUGUCAACUGCCUUCCUGUACUGGAAUUUACACAUUUCGAUGUUAAAAUAGAUUGUUUUUCACUGCAGUUACCUAAAUGAGAAGACUUGCAUCUUUAGUUAAGUCCAUCCAAAAGGCAUAUAUAGUGCAGUGAAAGUGGAAAGAACAUUGGAUAUAUCAGCUUUGUAUUACUGGCAUCAUUUCCCUCUGAUGUUGGAGAACUUUUCACUACAAAUUAUGAAAAUAAUAAAAUUGCUUAACUGCAA